UUACAGAAUCAAGCGUGGCGUGAAGUAUGAUGAUAAGCAUGAGCAUGAAAUAGGCACCUUACCACAGCGAAGGCUUGUUGCUGAUGCAUAUUGGAGGACUCAAAAAACUGGAGACACAGUGAAUUUUUGGACAUGGUACAUCAAAGACAAUGGGCCCUUUACGAUUGAAAACUUUAAGAAAGUUGCCUCUAAAGACCUUGACCUUGACUGUGUGGAUGAAGAUGGCCAGCCAUUAUAUCCCUCAAUAUCGAGAAUACAGCCAAAACCACUCUUUGAUAUUAUUUGGAAUAGUAGCAAUCCUGCUUGGGUUCCAAGACAACCAACAAACAAACCACAGUCAAAGAUAGAUAUUCUUAAGGUAUGUUAAGUGAUUUAAGUACCCAUUCUAUUAUGAUUGAUGGAAAUAUGAAGAUAAAAAGGCUGAGCAUGUAAUUAGUGUGUGGGUUUUAAAGCAGUCUUGCAUGUGACAUAUUGUUAUGGUCACCAACUUUUUUUGUGUUUGGUGUUCAGUGGUUGGUGUUCGGCAGUUGCUGUCUGUAACAAAUGACAGGUGGUGACAGUUUGCAUGUUAAUGCCUUGUCUAUGAUUAUUGCCAAAACUCAAAAACCAAUGGACUGUUUUAUUUUUUUUCAUAUGUGAUGAUAUGUGAAUACUUGAUGGCAUAAAAAUGUAUAAGUUAGGAAUGUUAACACAUC